AUGAAAAGCCAUUUGUUAAAGGUUUUGGAAAGGUGCUUGAAAAGACCAUUCCUGAUGUGAAAAGUAAGACCCCCUUUUGGCAAGACACCUUAUGGCCUUAAGAUUGUCUUGCCAGCAUCUUCCUUACUUUGAAACUGAUGUGAAAGUUCAUUAUCUCUUCACUGUGUAGCAACGUUGACUGGCAUAAGGGAACAUGGUGGACUGGAGGUGAAAGAUGUAAAUGUUCUCAUUCUAUUUAAUCUAGACGCGUAAUCUAGAUAACAGAGGAGGCUCAGUCCCUGACACCAUAACAAAAAUCAAGUUCCUAGUUUGAAAGAAGCUUGCACCUGCAGAAAGUCAGCAUGGCACCCACUCCUACCUUCAGAUGGACAGUGUCUCUGGACUGCUCUGGCCCUCACCCUCUUUAUUUUUCUACAUCUUCACACACAAAGUGACACUGUACGCCUUUUCCAGCUUCUGUCUAUCACAGUAAUGGAAUGGAAUGGUGCGUCUGAAAAGCAAUGUAAAAGCAUGAACACAACCAGUGUAAAAUGCAACACGCUCUUGAUUAUGGUGUUCUGAUUAUAUUGAUUUUGCAUUGAAAGAAAGCUGAAAAAUGUUUUGCAGAGGUUAAUGGUUUGAGCUCCCAGAUUAUCACUAAAAGCCUGGAAGCAGAUUUCUGCAGCUGCAAUUGUUAACAUACAGUAAUAUGUCAUAUCAAAUCCAAAAUCUCAGACAUUCCCUGUUUUUAAUACCUUUCUUUUUAGAUUUUGUUUUUCUGUGUUUUGAUUUGUGGAUAGACCAUCAUAUGCUGGGGUUCUUUCAUCAUUUCAACCAGUUCUUCAAGCUAAAUGUUUGUGUGUUUUUUAAUUCUAUUUUCUUUUUAAAGCAGGGGCAGUCUCAUCCAAUAAUGUUCUUCCUUAUUUCAUUUUCUGACAGCAUGUUAUCAAGAAAAGGACCCUGAACCAAAGUUUGUGAUCUUUGUUUUUGAUAGAUGACUGAUAGGGUGCUCCCGUAUGGACUAAAUAAAAGUAUUUUAAUUAGUCAAGUAAUAUGGAAGAGAUAUUAAAAAGAAUAUCAAGGAUUGAUCCCUCAUGUUUUGCUAAAGCAUUCAUUACAUCCAGCGUCAUGGUCUGCUUCAAUGGUAUUGGCUUGAGCAUCACUGAAAGCGCAGGACCGUGCAGAACGUCUGAAGCAGAACUGUGCUGAUGCUGACCAUGCUAUCAGGCUGUGAAUGUUGUACAGAGACACUACUUCUCUGUGCUGCUUUUAUUCUAGUCUGGUUCUGCCAGAAAGCUCUUUCACUAAGUUCCCAGUUUGUCAUCGUCUUCUGUGGGGGGUGAUAGGAGUAUAAUGUUAGUAAUUCUCGAAACCCAGUGCUGUUUGUGCGAUGAGGUUUAAUGUGCUGUGACAGAAGUCUGGAACAACAGGGCCAAUCUCGCACAAAGAACCUCCAUUCCAAUAUCAUCCCAGUGCUUAAUUCUUUCAUGUGACAUCUUGCAUUAAGAAGACAUGUGUACCAUAGAUUGACCCUGACAUCUUCUACAUAUAAAGCUAAAACAUUCAUAAAUGUUUGCAUCUUGCAAAUGUUGAAUUGUCUUAAAGGCAAUGGAAUAUUAUCAAGUUACAAGGUCUCGAAGUAAGAAAACUUGCUACAGAAAGAGAUUUUUUAUCUUAAAAAUGGAUGCCAAGGCACAAGUCUAUCUGAGCUGGUGUGGUUUUUAAUGCACCUCUAAAGACAAGAUAGAUUUCUGUUAGACAGUGAGUCUGAUAGACAACAACUGACAAACCCAAGUGGCUGAGUGGCUGGGUUUAAAUCAAACAUAGUAUACCAACAGCCAUCAUAAUAUUUCUGGAAAUAUUUCCACUACUUCAUUAUGAUGGGAAUCAUAUCACUCUACCUGCUGUGGCCUAACAAGUCUGACUGUUAGAAAUGUUGUCAUUAAAUCAUUGACACCUGGUAUGUUGUAAUUCACUGUGGUGAUGUUGUUUUUGAUCUAGAUUAACAUUAAAAUGUGCCGAGGUUUGAAACAAGUGGUAAACCUAACCACUUGUAUAUGUGGUCAGAAAGGACACUUGGGAAAAAAAAAUACAUUCCCAUUUAAUUCCAAAGGACCUGAAUAACAAUUAAAAAAGGCAUAGAGAAAAAGCCUGUCAUAUGGUAUACCAACAUUUUUCUGCACUUUUUGGUGAAAAUAUGUGGAUAUUUUUGUAAUGCAGAAAUGACAGAGACUUUUGAAUAAUCAUCUCAGUUUUUCUACUGUCCUUUCAAAUGAUCACUUAUCUGUGUAGGGAAAAUUCUCAGUGCAGAGUGUGGAUGUAAUAGAGGAUGCAUUUAUUUGUUGUAUUCCUAGAGCGAACAUUGGCGACCCUUUUAUUUUCGAUUAAAUAGCACUCACAGUUAUGAAACAGUUUAUGGAUCUAUCUGAGAAACUAAAACUGUCAUGCAUUCAGCUUAUGCAGAUGCUUUUUUAAGUAAUAAAGUGUCGUGCUCUGCUAUUUUGCAUUUUACUGUGUAAAGCAUUCUAGGAAUUCGUGCGGAAUUGCUGGAGUACUGAAAUUUUCGAACGGAGACUGCAGUGUGUAAGUGUUCGUAAAUGCAAAUAUACUAUAUGAAAUCGACAAUGUAUUUAAAAUAAGCUGUACAUAUAUUUUUUGUUGUCAUGCAUUCAACGAUUUAAGAAAUGAUUUUGUAUAUUUUCCGAGCUAUUCUUUAAUAAACCAGGUUUUGACAGUUACAGAAGGUCUGCUAAAGAUUUUGGCCUCUUUAUGUUCAAUUUACUAACUAUAAAACGACGUGAGGGCGCAGCGCUGGUGGUGGUUGCUAUAGAGACAGCAAACACUACCGCUGGGUCCUGGGUAAUGAGGCUGGAAUCGAAGAGCUGACGAGUUGGGACAGUCAUGAGCAGCAUCAGGGACAGUUACUCGGCAGUUUGCUCAGAAUCCGAGUUGCCCACAAACCCCUACAUAUUGCAUGUGUUGCAUGACACGGACGAACGAGUUUCACGGUUGUCUCCUGAAGAAGGCGUCGAAAUUAAACUCACCGGGAACAACCGCCUUCUGCCAGUCCAGAGGUUGUCAGAUACAGACGUGCUAGCUUUGUCGAAAGCCCUGGCCGACAAUGUGUCUGUGAGAGGCCUGGACUUGAGGUACAACAGCAUAACUGAUGAAGGAGCAGCUCAUCUUGGGGUCCUCCUUCAAGAAAAUGUCUCUCUCCGUUGUCUUAAUCUGAUGGGCAAUGACAUUGAGGUCAGCGGAGCAGAGUUCAUUGCAAAAGCACUUCAUCGGAAUGAGACUUUGAAGACAUUGCAGAUGACUGGCAAUAAGAUUGGAGAUAAGGGUGGCAUGCACUUCGCUGCAAUGCUACAGAUCAAUUCAUCACUAGAGGAGCUGGAUCUUGGAGACUGUGAUCUGGAUACACAGAGUUUAAUUGCUUUUGCAAUCGUCCUGAAUCACAACAAAAAUGCUCAUGUCAUUAACCUCAGUCGCCCCCUACUCUUCAGCCAACAGGAGGAGACCACAGUGCACAUGGCUAGGAUGCUGAAAGUAAAUCGGCAUUUGAGGGAGCUCCACCUGGGGAAACAUGAGAUGAAAGAUUUUGGUGUGGAGAGACUAUGCGACGCGCUGAGUUUCAACUCCACCCUGCGCUACCUGGACCUACGGUGUAACAGCAUCACAAGGGAUGGGGCAAAAUGUCUUGCUGAGCUGCUGAAGCAAAACACAGGACUGGAAAUUCUGGACCUGGCUUCGAAUCGCAUCGAGGAUGAUGGGGCUGUGUAUCUCAGUGAAGCUCUUGCCAUGUACAACAAUACUUUGAAAGCGCUUUCAAUUCCAAGCAAUAAUAUUGGUGCACGAGGACUAGUGUCUCUUGCCAAAGCCUUAAAAGUGAACACCACACUGUCUCACAUUUAUAUUUGGGGCAAUAUUUUGGAGGCGCCGGCCUGUUUGGCAUUUUCCAAGCUCAUCGAAAGCGGGCGGCUGUCAGAGGAAGACACGGAUGUUUCUCCGUAUGAGGUGGAGGGUCGUGUCUGCCUCUCAGAACUAUUUCAUGGCCUGAGGCGGCACUAUUACUGGACACCCAGUUACGGGCAGGAUGGAGAUCCGGCCAGCAACUCUUCACUGGCCCUGAGAGACACUGCAAAGGAAGGAGUCCCCUCAAGUUUUAUUUAAAAAGAUAAAUUAUUCUGCUAAUGUGUAUACAGGAGGCUGAAUUCAAUCAAUGUGUUCUAUUAAAGCAAAUGCAAUUGUG